CGAAUUGAGAAAAAAACUGAAACGUCAAAGACAAAAAAUGGAAAACUGAUCGAGUCAGUGAAGCGUAAGAAAUUCAAGAAAUGUAGUUUUCUGUCUUAUUAAUUAGUUAAAUUGGUGUUAUUUAGGAUACGGUGUCUAUUUAUUAAAUAUUUAAUGAUAUUACUAUGUUUUAUUUAUUAAAUUCGGAAAAUCCGUUAGCUUAAAUUGAGGUUACAAUUUCGAAAAAGCAAUAAAAAUGAGGGGCAAAGCGAUUAGUAUUAGCAGCGAUAGCGACGAUGAUGUACCAUUGAAGAUGGUGAAGAUCAUCGGUACCAAGGAUCCUAACUCAUAUGAGAGUUUACGGAAACAUUAUCCUGAAGCAUGCGAAUUCUGCGACAGAAUCUCGAAGGAUAGGUAUUCAAGUUUAAUACAUAAUGUCAAGCAUAUAAUUAUACCGCUACUUAAACAAAAUAUAUUACAAUGUACUGAAUGCCUACACUGUUUCACAAGCAAGACAGAUUUAUUUUCGCACACGGUGAAUAAACAUCCCGAUGUGCCUAUAACCAAUUUUCUAGUCAACAAUAGUGAAUUAAGUAAUACGGAACUUCAGAUAGCUAAUAUCACAAGUGUAAAACAAAGAAAUGAUAACAAUUCUAGCGAUAAUUCGUUUAUUGAAACCCUUGUACCUGAUGAUGGGCUGCCAAUCAAAAGUCGUUUGGUUUUCGAAGAUGAUGAAGUUACUGUGGACUGUUCCCAAGUCCUAAAUGAUCUCACAACUGAUUGUAAAGUCAACAUAGAGUUAUUUAACGCGCCAUGGCUAAAAGAAAAUGGAGAUUGUUCCAGUACUAGUGUACAUUAUGACGAGCUUAUGAAGCCAGGGGUGUAUAGAUGUAGGAAAUGCAGUAAAAGUUUUCCUGUGAGGUGA